CGACGAGCCGAGCGACGCCGCCGGCGAUGUCUCGCCCCGCCCAACAAGCUUCGAGGGCGCUCUGCCCACCAAGUCCUUCGCCGCGGCCGCCUACGGCGUUGCGCGGCGCUCUUCUCUGCCGCCCCCGCCGGAUCGCAAGGCGAUCGCCGCCAUCCCUUCGCCCACGCCGUCCUGGCCAAGCCCCGAAGCCAAGAUCCUCUGCACCAAUUUCGCCGCCGCUGCCGCCGCUACCUCUCCAGGGCUGGGGCGCUGUUUGCCGACGCCUCCCAGUAGCCCCACCAUCAUACAUCGGCCGGAACAGCUCGGUGUGCGCUCUGCGUUGGGCACCUACAUUGGGCAGUUGAAAGUGCACCAGGCCAAGAAGGAAACCUGCAAUCAUGUUCAAUCGGAAUUUCGAAGCCGACUCCCAUCUGAUGUCAAGGUUUAUGAAUCUGGAGCACCAGCCUCUAUGGCCGAGAACAGCAAGGGGGUCACAUUGAUGACUCCACUCUGCAAUUGCCAUUGCAGGGAGUGCACGUUGCCUAAGUUGAAAGCAAAGGAAAGAACCUCGAGCAAUGGUGCAGCUUACUCAAGUUCAAGUUGUCCAAAAAGCGCACCCUCUUUGCUGAAGAUGAAACCAGAAGAUUGUCGGGAACUUGCGAUUGGAUUAUCUAUGUGCCAGUCAACUGAUAAGGAUCUCAUGGCUCAUGGAUGUACAUCCAGUCCUGAUCCUGUCUAUGAGAAGAUUCCAUGUGGUUCAAGGUAUUGGGAACUCAAUAAACCUCCUGAACAUGUAAAGGGGAUAAAUCCACUUGCAUUUUUUAGCCCACAUCCUGUAUGGGAAGGUUUUGCCGCGCCGGUAGAGCGAGAAGGCAAGACAGACUCGUUCUACUGCGUAUCUUGCAACAAGGUGCUCUCUGGGAGGGCGGAUUCUGCGGUAAAACACAUGGUUGUAAGGAAUGGUUGCAGGAUUACACCUGAAUCUAAACAGGAUCUGUUGAGAAGGAUUGAAGCUUUUAAUAAAAGACGCAACGAUCUGAAAAGGAAAUGAAGAAUAAAUGUGAUAGUGUUAAAGCAUUACAAUAGUGGAAUAAAGACGGGAGCAUCAGUGGAGGCAAGUGUGAAUGAGCCUGAAGAGAAGGAACUGUGCAACACAUAACAGUGGAAGAACAAAACGAUUUGUAAUAUAGCCUGUGCAUCUAUAGAUGUGAACCACAUAUUUUGCCCUUCAAAUUACUGCAUUGAUUGCGAUGUUCCCCAUUGUUAUGGUUGUUACGAUUCUGUAAUUGGCGCUGACGAUAGGUGCAAUGAGUCUAUACUCUUGAAGUGGUCAUCUGAAGCUGCAUAGUUGGAGUUGUCAGUUGAUUCUUAAGUGGUACUUUUGUUUUUGCACUCUGGCUUCAGGAAUAGUUAUUAUCAUGUUAUUCAUGCAGGCAGUGACAUAAUUUAUAGUAUAUAUGAGUUGCUGGCCUUAACCAGUUUAAAAAAGAUUUAACACUAAUUAGUAGUGGUUUCUAACAUCUGUAAUAGAUAAUAUGUA